AUGACGAGCCUUGGGUCGCAACCAUUCCAACUUACGCUGCAAGCCAUACCUGUUGGGCCCAAGAAGAACAACACGGUGCAUUCUUCAGCUUAUUUGGACUGCGGUGGCGGAAGAUUGGGACCUCGUCUCAACGCGUACACGUACAAGGGAGACAACGCGGCUUGUAUACUCCCGGCGUUCGAUCGCGAGGUCUGGAGCGACGACACUAUGAAUGACCUCCGGAAUUGGCUCGCGUCCUGCACAUGCGUGGAAUGCCCUACCGCAAGAUACUCAUCACUACGUUACAAGCCCAAACGUUUGAUCGAUGUCGGCGACGAUGAACAGCGUGGAUCGGUCGUAAUAAUGGAAAGCGCAAGAUGUGGUGACUGUAGCUACACGUGUCUGUCGUACUGCUGGGGUGGACCGCAGAACACGGUACUGAGCAAAAGUAAUCUUGACGAGGAGACGAGAUCGUGGUGCGUUCCUAGAGAGGUCAUUCCAGCUGCUUUUGAGGACGCUUUCAAGGUCACCAGGCUUCUAGGCUAUCGCUACAUAUGGAUCGACAGCUUGUGCAUAGUCCAGGACGACAAACAAGACCUGGAUCAUGAGAUUCUCCAGAUGCCGCAUAUCUACAAGGGUGCAGCCUUGACCAUCUGCGCGUCCACGUCUCGAAGUUGCAGCGAAGGAUUCCUACAGGCACGGACUGACUACAGUGAGAGAUCGAUUGGCUUGAGUCUACCAGAUGGCAGAGAGGGACGGAUCCACCUCGAUGGUUUUCAUUGGGGGGAUCCUCCUGUGCCAGAGCCGCUGAGUACGAGAGCAUGGGCAUACCAAGAACGCUUGCUUUCUCCUCGACUUUUAGAAUUUGGCUGGAGAACAUCACGCUGGACGUGCGGUUGUCGGAAAAGCUACAGUGGCCAUUCGCAGCUCGUAGUCGAGAAAUCCAGCAGCUCAAUUCGACGCCGAUCACCGGAAGCCCAGAGCUACAACCUCUACUCUUUCAUGAACCCUCCAGGUCUCAGGCACUACCCCGUCAAAGUGGGAGAUCUAUUCAGUACUUGGUGCUUGAUCGUUAGGGCCUACUCCAGACUUGCACUGACGCAUACGGACGACCGCUUGGCCGCGAUAGGUGGUAUAGCGGCAGAGCUACAACGGGCGUCUGGAGUGAAGUAUCUGGCUGGACUUUGGCACAACGAGCGAUUAGCUUCUAUGCUGCAGUGGAGGGUUCAGUCCCACACACACGAGCUGCGAUCGCGGCCUACAACCAGUCGUGCUCCAACCUGGUCUUGGCCUGGUAUCGACGACAAGGUGCUAAUGCAUAGGAGUGAAAUAAAGGUGGCUGGAUUCGAGAUCUUGGUGGUGGAUGUCAAAGGUGGCUUCGGAAAGAAAGCUCACGGGUCCAUAAUGUUGCAAGGACCAGUGCGUACAGGCCGUUGGUGGUGCGGAAAUGCAGUCCUCCAAAGCGAUGCGUCGGAGGGAGUGAAGAUUGCUAGAGCAGAUAAUCCAGAACUGCUCGUGUUGCCAGACUGCUACGGCGAGAUAUUCACUACUGCGAACGGUCAGCUGGUUCUGACAAGGGAGGAGCUCACCUUCCUCGCUAUAGGUAGGACGAUUUCCGAUAAUCAUAUCAUUCGAGGGCUCCUCUUGUCACGGGGUAGAAUAGAAGAGAAAGAUUCGUACCGGCGGGUUGGCAUGUUUCAAGUUGCGGAGCAAGGAGACUUUGUUACAGCUAACUGGGACAUUAUUGCACUCAAGGUGGUGUAG